UGCUGCUGCUGCAUUGCUGUGUAUGAACGACCCUCUGCGUACACAACAACGUGCCACACAUCUCCGGUCUUGAUGUGUCUAUGCAUGUAUUCCAGACGAAAGCGACACCCUGAUGCUUCUGUGCCUGAUGCUUCCGUGGACGGACAUAUCUGAGCUGCGUCAUUAUUUGUGUGCAGCUCAAGUGAUCACGUGAGGCAUUGAGAGAUAUUCAUACACCGCCUCCCGCCUGGCCCUCUCUCUCCUCCCUCCGAUACGAAACGAGAACGGAGAGAGUUCCGCCGUCUGCGGUGGGUUGCAGAGGAGUCUUGCAGGACACUUAUCCACUUUAAACGAGAGUUCCGCCGCGUUAGCCGUGUUAGGUUCGCCU